AUGGGCAUUCCUUAUGCCUCUAGGUCUCUGACUACGUUAACGAUGGACCCUAAGGGUAGCCGGAUGGUCACUGGAGGGACAGAUGGCGUGGUUAGGUAUUGGGAUCUAAAUGGUAUCAAUGCAUUGGACCCGAAGCCCUUUAGAGAGUUUACCCCACAAGAAGGAUAUCCAAUAAACUGUGUGAGGUUUAGUAACAGUGGUGGGCAAGUAUUGGUAUUACCUGCAGAUGCUAGGUGUCGUAUUCAUGAUCGUAACGGUACAAGUACUCCUAUACAGCAGACUAUAAAGGGUGAUCAGUACAUUAGAGAUCUACAGCAUACUAAAGGCCAUACUGCUACCAUUACUGAUGGUCAUUGGCAUCCAAUGGAUCCCUCUAAAUGGAUAACAUCAAGCCUUGACUGCACUAUAAGAAUAUGGGAUAUCAACACUCCAGGAACCGGCAUGGUGAGAGCAACCACUUACCGCUCCGCCUCUAAAAUUCGAAUCUAUGUUAGGAUAUGUGGAUACCCUGCAUUCAUACACUCAAGGUGUAGUGAUGGCAGUAUUCAGCUAUUCAAUGAACGCAAGAGGUACGGUAAGGCUGAUAUGAUAGCUCGGACAGCCCAUACCGAUGUGGUUACCGCUGUUAAAGUACUAGAGGAUGGUCAUAGGAUGCUGAGUAGAAGCUUGGAUGGUACGAUGAAGAUGUGGGACUGUCGUAAGCUGAGGUCUGCAACCCCAGUACGGACCUGGGACAACUUACCUUGUACUGACGAGCACACUGACAUCACCAUAUCGCCGGACGAGUCUAUGGCCCUCACUGGUACUGGUGAUGGGAGAGUAGUGGUAUACGACUUGCAAUCAGAGGCUGUAGAGCCGCUAAAGAGCUAUACCUUCCGAACACAGAGCGCUGUGAGGACCUUCUGGCAUCCAGUACUACAACAGAUUGUAGUGGCUUGCAGUGAUGGUAAUGCAUACUUCCUAUAUGAUCGAUAUCAAUCAGUAAAUGGUGCCUUGCUUUUCGCCCAGCAUAGUGUACCAAAAAAGAAGGAUAUCGAAGAACAGUAUAUGCCACAGAAAGUAUAUAACUAUGAUGAGAUGGUCCAAAGGGGAGGUCAAUUCCGAGAGACCCGUAGUGGUAAGCUACGUCGGACUAGGGAUGCCGAUAAACGACGAGAUAAGCAGCGUAGAGAGAGAAUGGGUAUACCUGAUCCGGAUGAGCAGCAUAAGAUUAAACCGGCCGCACCUCCACCAGAGAGUACGGCAGAGGAGACGAUCUUCUCUAAUAAGCUGGGUAUCGAAAAAGAGAAGUAUAUUGAUGAAGACCCCCAGAAGACACUCCUCGCUGUUGAAACUGAGAAGGGUGAUUCCUUCGUCAAUCAAGCCUAUGCGAGAACCCAACCUCAGAAUAUACUGGAUUACUCUGAUGUCAAGAGUGCAGGUGAUCGAUUGUUGAGUAAGAAGCGUUAUUGCCCCAAGUGCGGUGUGAAGAUGUGCACUUGUGGUUACUUGACUGCUCUAGAAAAGGAAGAGGCAAGGAAGAAACGUCGAACUGAAGUAGCAUAA